AAAUAUGGAAUUUAAAACAAGUACGCUGUGCAAUUUUUGAGAGGGGUAUGCCUGAAGAAAUCGAAUUUUCUCCCUGUUUUCCUGUUCUUCGGUGUUGGAGUAGUUCUUCCAUGAUUUUCGGUCCUCAUCUCGCAACAAGCCAAUGGUAGUUGGACCACGUCUGACGGCUGAAACUUUAAUUCCAAUUCUAACUCAAAUAAACUCUAACCUAUCCUGAAGAAGGCCUACCGACCGAUGACCCAACAGCUUAAUAUAAGUUUUUUUCAUUA